AGCCUGGUGGAGGUCCGAAGAAAAAUCCAUACACCCAUACAAAACAAACGAUCGCACUUAUCUCCACAAAAGAAUUUACACACUAAAACCAUUCAGAUAUAGAUAAAUUGUAUAGGAGUAUGGCUCUAAUAUCCCUGUAUGACGAACUCAAUAGAGCCUUACAAGAACUCGAAAAUAAAACUCAUCAGGUAAAUCAAUCAGACUUAGUUAGCAUUAAACGAGAAUGUUUAGAUAUACAAAAGAUUAUCCAUAAACAGGUUCAAACAUUCAAUCAAUUUGAAAUACGAAGAAGUAAUGAGAAAAUCCGACAAUUGUUGAACAAGAUAAAUGAGAAAUCCAAACUGUUUGGUAAGCCAUUAUUUAAAUUUGUAGGAGAUCCAAUUCCUGCAAAGGAAUCACAAACUUUGUCAUCCAAGAUCAAUCUUAGUUUAGCAGCGGUAUCAGCGGUGGGAGAAAGGGUGCCCGAUGUGAAGUCACUCAGACAGAAGUCGUGCAGAAUAGGGUCAGAGAAUGUCUACGUUCAUGAUGUAAAGGAGUCUAUACUAUAUACUGGAGGAUCACAAUCACAAAUGGAAAAUCAUAGCGGUCAAAUACACAUUGAUUUAGCAACAAAAAGCAUUUUCCAAUUGAGUUGUAAUGGUCCUGUUUUCAUCGACGAGGUGCUGCACCUGGUGGUGGUGGUGGACUGUCAUCAAUUACGACUCAGACGUAUAUCCAAUUGCACAAUUUAUGUAAGAGUUCGGAACAAUCGGGUAGUGGUUGAAGAAUGUCUGAAUGUGCACGUGCGUGAUUACCCUCAACAAACUGAAACUCACAAUGAAAUAUAUAUUGAUGAUUUUUCAGAUCCAACCACCGGUAAUAGUAGCACGGGUGUGGAAUAUCUUGCAACCAAUGUCGAUGAAACGGAAUUUGAUUGGAUUUUUAACCUUUCUGAAGAAUCAGAUCUACUGGUGGAUUCACUUGCCAAAUUAAAACAGUUGGUACAUUAA